AUGCUGUCAACAAAUCAGUGCAGUACUCAGGACUUGGAAAUCAUCUUAACUGGUUUUCCUGGACUUCAAGACAUACAGUUCUGGAUUUCUGCACCAUUCUUUGUUCUACUUGUGGUGACAUUAUUUGGCAACUUAACACUUCUGUUAAUUAUAGCAACUGAACAGAGUCUCCAUGAACCGAUGUACUACUUCAUUUUGAUCUUAUCAGCAGUAGAUCUUGUUACAGGGCUUACUCUUUUGCCACAAACCAUAGCAAUAUUGUGGUUUGGCUCUCUUAUUUUAUGCUUUGAUAUUUGCCUUUUGCAAAUGUUUUUCAUUUACUUCUCUGUAGUCAUGGAAUCAUCUGUGUUAGUAUUAAUGGCUUAUGAUCGCUAUACUGCAAUAUGCAACCCUUUGAGGUAUUCAUCAAUAAUAACAAAUACAUUUAUAUUAAACGGAAGCUUAAUUGUUACAGUCCGAAGUUUCUGUAUUAUAUUUCCUGGUCUUAUAUUAUUUAGAGAUUUACCGUUCCAGAGCAAAACUAUUCUCAGUAAUGUGUAUUGUGAAUAUCUUACUGUGAUCGAUGCAGCUUGUGUCAGCUCAGAUUGGAAAGAUAUCUUAAUCUUCUUGUUAUUUAUUUUAGCAAUAAUACCUGAUACGUUAAUGAUUUUUAUUUCUUAUUAUAUGAUUGUUAGUGCUACCUUAAAACUGAAAAGCAAGGUAGCACGACUGAAAGCAUUCAAUACAUGCAGCUCUCAUUUUUUUGUGAUUUUAUCUUUUUAUUUAUCUGGACCACUGUCAGUUAUAAUAUACAUUUUUCAGAAUAAGGUGCCUGCAUACACACGUGCUUUGUUUCCAGUUUUGUACUAUAGUGUUCCACCUGCAUUAAACCCUCUGAUAUAUGGUAUACGAACAAAAGAAAUUUUCAGAUUAGUAUUAACAAAUGCAGAAAAAAUUAAAAAUGUUCUUUAUACAGCAACAGGGUGUGUAUCAACAGAACCUUCAGAAGGAUAUGAGGAUGGGAACUGA